AUGAUUGAGUCGACAACCGCAGCUCCAGGGAAGCUGGAUUUUGAAGCAUCACUAAAGCACUGGUCUAGCCCUUCUAAUUUAAUUGAUAUUUAUAAGAACCACUCUUCAGCUUAUGCAGUAGCGGGAUAUCUUCAAGAAUUUUUACCACAUUCCAUGAAAUAUCCUGCUCAUAUAAAUAUUGUAGAGAAAGAUAAAGGACGUGCAAUUUCCCUAUGUUUCCUUUUACGUACUUUUCCCAAAGAUAGAUCUACUGCAUACUUGGUGGACGUUGGUGUUAUGAUACCACAUGGUUUUCCAGCCUCAUCCCCAAAGUGUCGUGUACGAAUACGGGAUCUCAACCAAAAAUUAACGGAUAAUGCAUUUUUAGAUGGUUUUAUUGUACCACUUCAACGUUUAACAAUGUUGAGUAAUAUACAGUCUCCUUAUCCUAUCAUUAGGAUCAUAGAGGCAGUGAAGAGAGAAAUGGAGGAGGAUAUAUACUGUUUUGCUAAAGGAGCUGAGUCCUACUGUAACAAUAAGGAUAGUCAAAACUACUCUCAAGGAGAAGGUAUUACGACUACUGUUACCCUUGGUUCAUUAGAUAAACCAACAUACCCCAUUAUGAAGGCUAAGUUACCUCCACUAAAGGGAAUAACCACUCCUUCACCUGUGAUUAUUAAUAACAAGUCUCGGGUACGUUUGUUAAAAGAGGCGGCUGGAGCCAUUUUUAAGUUGCAAUUACGACAGGCAAAAUCUUACCUUGACUUGAGAGAGGAAAGCUUUCCUUUAUUAUGUCGCCUUUACAAAAAAAGAGAAUUUAUGCUACAAGAAGUUUAUGAAAUGCGAUUAGUUAAAAAUAAUCUUUAUCAAAUGUAUAAUCUUUCAGAAAGAUCGUUACACAAGACAGAGUCUGUGCGUCUUAUUGCGGACUCUCCAGAAGUGCAUUCCACGUGUAUUGUGCCUGCGGAUGAACUACAGGCCCGUGCCCUUGAACUGUUAGGAGAGAUUCAUGCCUCAGAUGACUCGCUUGAACUUCUUGAGAGAUCGCUAAAGGCUGGACAGUUGUCAUGUGAAGAGUACGUGCGACGGGUAUCGGAUGUUGGCCGAGAACAAUUUGAGGCACGAUUUCUCUUUGGACGAGUGACAGAGGCCGUAAACCGCAGUGCGACGGGAACGGGACCUCGUUUACCACAAAAUACACCUCGCGCAAAUGCGGCCCAACGACAUACGGGCGAGCCUAUUAAAGUACCAACAAAGUUAGAGAAUGAGGAAGUUUUGUUGAGAGAGUUUCCAGAGGUUGGUACAGAGAUGAUUAAGGCAGUAUUAAAUCUUGCUAAUGGAAGUUUGUCAGAAGCCCGUGUGCAGUUAAAGGCAAUGCUCUCGUAG